CCAAGGGUAUUCUGCUGCCUCCUGGUCUACAACAAACAUGGAUGAAGUCACGCCAACCACAUAUGAUUACUGGGAUUUUGGUGAUUAUGACAACUUUACAUCGCCCCCUGAUGCUGACAGGAGUCGUGCAGUCCCGUGCUUUCUGGAGGACAUCUACGGUUUUGCAGCAAGGUACUCCCCUGCUGUUUUCACCCUGGUGUUCCUUUUGGCUCUCGUGGGCAACAUCCUGGUGCUGUGUGUGAUCCGCCGCUACCGUAUCUCUCAGAGCGGCGGAGCCUGCUCUUUUUCUCUGACUGACACCUUCCUCCUUCACCUGGCCAUCUCAGACCUCCUGCUGGCCUUCACCCUGCCCCUGUUUGCAGUGCAGUGGAGUCACGAGUGGGUGUUUGGCGAGACCACCUGCAAGCUCUCCGGUGCCCUCUUCACCUUGAACCGCUAUAGUGGUAUCCUCUUCCUCGCCUGCAUCAGCUUUGACCGAUACCUGGCCAUCGUUCACGCCGUCAGCUCGGGGUGGAAGAGGAACACCUGCCACGCUCAGGUUGCGUGUGCCGUCAUCUGGGUGGGCUGCCUGGGCCUGAGCAGCAUUGACAUCACCUUCAAACAAGUAGAUGAGGUGAGAAUUGAAGGUGGCAAGAAGAUGUUGUGUCGCCUGUUGUUCACAGAAAACUCCACCCAGUGGCAGGUGGCGCUGCAGAUGAUCAGUGUGAUUCUAGGUUUUGGAGUGCCGCUUUUGAUCAUGCUCUACUGCUACAUCCGCAUCUUCAAGUCUCUCUGCAACGCCACCCGCCGCCAAAAACGUAAAUCCCUCCGCCUUAUCAUCUCCCUAGUAUCUGUGUUUGUCAUCUGCUGGGCGCCGUACAACUGCUUCCAACUGGUAGACAGUCUGCACAGGCUGAAAUUGGUGUCUGGAGGUUGCCAGUUUGGCCGCGUGGUGGACACCGGGACUCUGAUCACUGAGAGUUUGGGGCUGUCGCACUGCGCCCUCAACCCCCUGCUGUACGGCUUUGUAGGUGUCAAAUUUAGGAGAGAGCUGGUCAGGAUGUGUAAGGGGCUGCUGGGACAGCGAGGCUGGCUGGGAAUGCAGGGAGGGAGCGAGAGGAGAUGGAGAAGAACCCCAUCUGGUAGCUCAGAAAGUGAAAACACCUCUUACUCUGUCAUGGUAUGAAACUAGUGAGAGAGGCAGGACAUGAAAAGGUGUGUGAGAGGAGAUGUGUGAGGUUUUGUAAAGAAGAUGCCAUUGUAUGAAGACUUUUAAAUCGUAAAAACGGGUAAAUCAUUUCUAUCUCUGAUGCAUUUCUUCUAAUUCUUCUACCAUCCUGUUGCAGGUUACCUUUCUCUAUGAGAAUGCUGUAAUCAAAGAAAGUAAAAGUGGAGUAUGCUAAAUUGCACGUUUAUGCUGCCAUGUAAUCCUAAAACAUGCUGAUGUUGUUUGUUGUCUAUAAGUCAAAUCUUGUGAAACAUUUCUUCCUCAAAAUGCUUGCUCAGCAUUUUAGAUAAGGACUGUGGCUUCAGAAGUAAGACUCAUCUAUCUCACUUCCUUACACUCAGGGCAUUUCUACCAACGAAUUCCAACUAAUGUUGCGUGUAAAAAACAAAAAACAAGAUUCAGCUUUUAAAAUAGUGGAAAUGGUUUAAUUGUUAAACUUUGUUCAUUUGUUAUUCUCAUUUCUUGUUUUUUUUGUUUGUUUUUUUAAGUGUUCAACUGUUCUCCCAGCUUCAGAGCUCAACCAUGUGCCACAAAAGUGGAAUUGAAAUCAAAAUCAGUCAUUUUGAAUGUUGUGUAUGUCAAAAUACAGCCAUUUUCUGGUGU